UGGCAGUUUUAACCUCAAUUUUUCCAGAAAGAAUCGAUCUUCAAGAGGGUAGUUAUCUUUCGUGUUUGUUUGUUCAAUUCUGAUAAAACCACACCUGCUCCUGGAAAUUAUGCCGAAAAAUAAGAAGAAAGCAGAUUCUUCAGACUCUGAUUCUGGCCCAGAAGACAGAGGUCCAGCUAAGAAACAGAAGAAAACUCCAGAAGAGGAAAACUCAUGGGACCUAGGUAAAAACCGUUUCGUUAAACUUUCCGAAUUCAAGGGUAAAUGGUAUGUCAACAUCAGAGAAUUCUACGAAGCUAAUGGAGAGUUGAAACCUGGCAAGAAAGGUAUCAUGCUAACUAUGGAACAAUGGCAAAAGUUUAAAGGAAUUGUUGGGGAUGUUGAUGAGGCCAUCAAGAAGAAUGUUUAAUGUUAUCAAACACUAUGUGAAUUUUAUUCCUUCAACUUGUAAAUAAAUCAGUAACCGAGUUUA